CUUUGAGCACUAAAAACAUUGAGUGCACGAAAGUCCCCAAAACUCUUUCUUUAGUUCAAUUUUAAUCAUUCGCACGAUUUGUGUUGAAAAAAAAUUAUUUCCAAAAUGAGUGAGGCGUUUGAUCUUAGCAACAACAACCCUUUGCUUUCCCUGUACGCUCGCAAUGCAUCGAUUUUGGUUUUCAAGAUGUUCGGAGUUGCCGCAUUGACGGGAAAAAUUCGCCACUCCAAAAAGAAAUUCGCAAACAUUGAAGAUGCGAAAGCAAUUAAGGGCGCUCAGGUCGAUACGGCUGACGAGGACGUUGAAAGAGUUCGAAGAGCGCAUCUGAAUGACCUGGAGAACAUUCCUCCGUUCCUGUGCAUUUCCUUCCUGUACAUCUUGACCGACCCUGAGCCGAAGCUGGCCAGGAACCUCUUUUUGGGCUUCACCGCGGCCAGGAUUUGCCACACCCUGGUCUACGCCGUCAAACCCGUGCGCCAACCGGCUCGCGGGCUUUGCUACGGCGUCGGUUUGGCCAUCACUUGCUACAUGGCCACCAAAGUCAUCAAGCACUUCUGGUAAUUCUCCAGAAACAACAAUUAUUAAUAAAUAAAAAAAUAUAGUAAAAUUUAGA